AGGAAUUUCUGCAGCCUUCACCAGCACGGGCUUUGACCGUCACACUUCUCCAGUGUUCAGCCCUGCCAAUCCAGAAAGCUCAAUGGAAGACUGCCUGGCCCAUCUUGGAGAAAAAGUGUCCCAGGAACUGAAAGAGCCUCUCCAUAAAGCAUUACACAUGCUCCUGAGCCAGCCAGUGACAUAUCAGGCAUUUCGGGAAUGUACACUGGAGACCGCAGUUCAUGCCAGCGGCUGGAAUAAGAUUUUGGUGCCUCUGGUUUUGCUGCGACAAAUGCUUUUGGAGUUGACAAGGCGUGGUCAAGAAUCUUUGAGUGCACUGCUGAAGUUUGGCGUGACAUAUCUGGAAGACUAUUCGGCAGAGUACAUCAUUCAGCAAGGUGGCUGGGGCACUGUGUUUAGUCUUGAGUCAGAGGAGGAGGAAUACCCUGGAAUCACUGCAGAAGAUAGCAAUGACAUUUAUAUCCUGCCCAGCGACAACUCUGGACAAGUCAGUCCCCCAGAGUCUCCAACUGUGACCACUUCCUGGCAGUCUGAGAGCCUACCUGUCUCACUGUCAGCUAGCCAGAGUUGGCACACAGAAAGCCUGCCAGUGUCUCUAGGCCCUGAGUCCUGGCAGCAGAUUGCAAUGGAUCCUGAAGAAGUGAAAAGUUUAGACAGCAACGGAGCUGGAGAGAAGAGUGAGAACAACUCCUCCAAUUCUGACAUCGUGCAUGUGGAGAAAGAAGAAGUACCUGAGGGCGUGGAAGAGGCUGCUGUGGCUCCUGUGGUCCUGCCAGCAGGGGAGCUGCAAGAGGCACUUCCUGAAGCCCCAGCUCCCUUGCUUCCACACAUCACUGCCACCUCCUUGCUGGGAGCAAGGGAACCUGACACAGAAGUGAUCACAGUUGAGCAGUCCAGCCCUGCGACAUCUCUGUUUGUAGAACUUGGUGAAGAAGAGGUAAAAGCAGCAACACUUGAAGCUACUGAAGUGGAGGAGAUGGUUCCCACACCAGAACCCACAGAAAUGCUGCUGAGUGAGAAGGAGACAAACGAAAGGGAAGAGAGCCCUGCGGAAGAGCUGCCCCCCGCUGGCGAGGUGAAGCCCAUGCUGCUGUCUGAGGGCAAGUCUGUACUGCUGUUUGGAGGGGCUGCUGCCAUCGCCAUCCUGGCAGUGGCCGUCGGGGUAGCCCUGGCUCUGAGGAAGAAGUAGGUUUUUCAGAAGAGAAAGACAGAAGGAUGUAAGGUUUGAGGUAUACUGGCUGGAAUUUGAACUGCCAGCAACUGUGUGAACAUUUGUGGGACAGUAUGGGAUAAAUUGGGGACUUCUCAACAUGGCAGUGGAUUGACCCACAUGUUAGGGCUUAAGGUGGGGCAUUCAUGUUCGUCUGACUAUAAAUCCCAAGGGCCUCGGCUCAUGCUAAAUUGAGAAUCUUAAGGGUAAAGCACCUCCUCCCGGACAGGGUUUCUCAGCCUUGGCACUAGUGAUAUUCUGAUCAUUCUCUGUGGCGGGGCUGUCCUCUGUGUGCUGGGAUGUUCAGCAGCAUCCCUGGCCUCCACCCACUAGAUGCCAGGGGCACCCCACUCUCAGAUGAGAACCAAAAAUGUCUCUAGACAUUGCCAAAUGUCCCCUGUGACAGCAUCACCCCCGCUGAGAGCUGCUGCUUUAGAGGGAGAGGGUGUACUUAGGAAGAAUUGGGAUAGAAAUUCCCAGCCGAGAGCUUAGCCAUGGGCUCCUCAGCCACGGACUUGGCAGCUCUUAAUCCCCUUAGAGUUUCAUCCUUUCUGAUGAGCAGGCUGGGCUCUGCAGCCACUCCUUUUUUCUCCCCCUGCCCCUCAUCCUGGAGCGUGAGGGUGCUCGCCUGUCCUCUCAGCUGCCUCUCAGGGACUGCACUGUUCCUCUUCACCCCCAGGUUCCUGCUAAGAUCCCACAGGAGAGGGCUUGCUCAGACCUGUCAAGUCCCCAAAGCUUCCUGCAACUCCACCUUGUAAAAUGAUGCCUUUAGGAGUCUUUGAAAUAUAUAUACAGAGAAAAUAAUAUGAAUGAGACCUGGGGUCCUCACUUGGGAAUGAAAAUUGCAAGUAACUUUGGCUAGAGAGACACAUUUGUGUUGUGUCAAGGAAGGAGGAUAACCUGGAUGACCUUCUGAGGUCUCUUCAGCCCUUUUCCUAGUGGUCACGCACUCACCGUGGGGACUUGCCAGCAGCAUCUCUCUUGCUGGAUGGUCGCUGUCUGUAACCCUGGGCUAGCAUAUGUUUUCCCGUAUGUGACCGCAGUCUUACUGCUGACCAGUUCUAUGGGUCUCUUGCCAGGUGGUAAGGAUUUUCAUUCUUGGGCUUACAGAGCCAGAUCGAUCAUAACUCUUAUUAAAUAUAGAGUGUCCUAAAUAUCACUGAAAUAAAAAGUAGGAAAAAGAAGCUUGAAUUCUAAGACUGAGGCUGCCCUGCAGAUUCUAGUUUGGCUUUCAGAGUUCAGGAAUGACGGUGUCUUCACCUGAAUUCUUCACCGACCAAAUGCCAGGGUAAUAAACCAAAAUUGUCCUAAUUAGUAUAGGCUAGUUGAACAUCAGCAUACGUUUCUUUCCUCUGGCGGUUCCCAGCCCGGCAGGAGGGGUAGACCUGUGUCUUUCCAUGUCCGAGGGUGCGACAUCACCGUGCGGGGCACACGUGCUUGGUUUAAAAAGGUCAUCUUAGAUUUAUCUUAGUAAAUGUAAUAAAUUAUUUUUUAGAUCCUGAAAUUUAUAAUAAAAAUACUUUACCUACCCUGGUCACCAAAACCUGAUGUUUUAAAUGCAUUUUUUUUUUUUUUAAAUUUAUGUUUUAAAAUAAAAUCUCCCUAAAGCCAUACUGUUUAAAGGUUGGU